UUUCCCGCCAAGACGAUCACGUGACCCCGCAGUCUCGCGUGUUCGUGACGAGACCAGAAAUCAGAAACCGGAACUGACCGCUCGCAGCCGGCAAACGCCGAGAAAAUACCGAAAUUUGGGAAAUUUCGGGGCACAGCCAUGCCGAAGAGGAAGCGCCAGACGCGAAGCCAGAGCAGCUCGGAGUCGGACUUCACCACCGAGGACUCCGAUGCCUCCAUCGACGUGGAGUCGGACGACAACCCCGGCAGUCGGCGCGUCACGCGGGGCAGCGCCAAGAAGCUCAGCCAAGGUGAUGCCGCGGAUCAGGGGGAGGAGUACGGUACCCGCUCCCGCUCCUCCAUCCUGCACCCCAGCCAGCGCGCCACGCCCGCCUCCCCGAGUCGCCACGGCGUCGCCAAGGCGACCUCGUCGGAGUCGGAGUCCGAGGGCCUGGCGGAGGAUGCUGGGAGGAGGAAGGGGCUGAAGAGGACGGCCAAGGCGAUGAGCUACUACGGCUCGCCCCCCAAACGGCACCACCUGGGGGAGACGCGCUGCCCCAUGCCGGGCUGCGACUCCAUGGGCCACUUCACAGGGAAGUUUGAGACCCACUGGACUCUGUCCGGCUGCCCGUUGUACCACAACCUCACCAAGGAGGAGUGUAAGGUCCGAGCAGUGGACAGAGAAUCAAAACAGAAAGUUCGAGAGAAAAUCAAGAAGGAGGUUAGCGACGAUGCCCACAUGGCCCUUAGAAACCCUAGCCCCACCCGGAGCCAGAAGGAGUACAAGGAGAAGGUCAAGGAACAGCGCAAGGUCAAGCCGGUCAUCUCCGAGGAACAGAAGGAGAAGGCCAGACAACACAAGAAAACCCAUGAGAACAACAGAGAGCCGCUGUUAGAAGGGCUGACGUCACAGUACGACCUGGAACUGUUCAGAGAAGCCCAGGCCAGAGCUGCUGAAGACAUGGAGAAGAACGUGCCGUUCCCGGAGGUGGAGGUUCAGCAGGGGGCGCUGUUCGAGGCGGGGCUGAAGACGAUCCAGUUCGGGCGGUUCGAGCUGGACACCUGGUACUCGUCGCCCUACCCCGAGGAGUAUGCGCGGCUGCCCAAGCUCUACAUCUGCGAGUUCUGCCUCAAGUACAUGAAGAGCGCCACCAUCCUCAGGAGGCACAUGGCCAAGUGUGUAUGGAGACACCCCCCUGGAGAUGAGAUCUACAGGAAAGGCAGCAUCUCUGUGUUUGAGGUGGACGGACAGAAGAACAAGAUCUACUGCCAGAACCUGUGUCUACUAGCAAAGCUGUUCCUGGACCACAAGACCCUGUACUACGACGUGGAACCCUUCUUAUUCUAUGUCAUGACAGAGGCAGACGGCACGGGGUGCCAUGUGGUCGGCUACUUCUCAAAGGAGAAGAAUUCCUUCCUGAACUACAACGUAUCCUGCAUCCUGACCCUGCCCCAGUACAUGCGGCAAGGCUUCGGCAAGAUGCUUAUAGAUUUCAGCUACCUCCUGACGCGGGUUGAGGAGAAGACGGGAUCACCAGAACGACCUCUGUCCGACCUUGGGCUAAUUAGCUACAGAAGUUACUGGAAGGGCGUUCUGCUGAAAUAUCUACACGAGCACAAACAUGACAGGGAGAUCUCCAUCAAAGACCUGAGUACGGAGACAGGAGUGAACCCGUAUGACAUAGUCAGCACCCUGCAGGCCAUGAGCAUGCUCAAGUACUGGAAGGGGAAACACAUCGUGCUCAAGAGACAGGACUUGAUUGACGAGUACCUUAAGAAGCAGGCGAGCAAGCCCCCAGACCACAAGGCCAUCGACCCCAACUCCCUGAAGUGGACUCCUCCCGUCACUACCAAGAGAUGAGGGGGGGUCUAUCAUGUUUUAAACCUUGCAGCACCUCCCGUCACUACCAAGAGAUGGGGGGGGGGGUCUGUUAUGUUUUAAACCUUGCAGCACAGAUAACUUCAGUGCUUAACUAUGGGCGUACAGUACCGAUCAGGGCACGGUAUAACAGUGCACAACCACGGGGUACUCACAGCAUGCAACACAGUUAUGUGUUGGAUAGCAGGAUUAUUCGUACACAACCAAAACAAGAUUACUUGUACACAACCAAGUACAUGUACUUGGUUCAAGGCCUCCAGUAAGAAGGCGACAGAUGGUCUCCAAAACGUCAGACUUGAAUAAAGUACAAAAAGUUUUGUUAUCUAGUGACUUAACUACCUGAUGAAACUGUUCAGGGUUGUUGUGUGUUAUGCACUGUUAUUUUCCAAGGACUGGGUAAAAGAAAGAGUUCUUUGCGCCCCCUAAUGUAUAAAUGUUUGAUAGAAACACAACAGGUUAAUGCAACAACUAAAUAAGACCUUCUGUGCAUAAACACAACACUAACAAAAUGAACUAGAGCAUGAAAUGAGCUUGAUGCUGCCCAUCCUAAAAAUCUGACAAUGUACUUCUGACUAUUGCUGUUUUUUUCACAUAACUGUUAGCGAACAGUUAUUGUAAGUUACACAUGUAUGUCUGCUUUGCUACUAUUAAUAGAGGGGCAAUCUCCAAGCAGAUGCAGGGGUGAAAAAAAUGGAUAAUAGAGGAAGAAAGUGGAAGCUGCAUUGGGAAAAAUGUUCUGUGGAACAAAAUGCGAAGUCCUGGUUUGUAAAUUCAAACUGCCCCAGUGUGUAUAGACUAUAGGCUAUUGUACAUACGUUGUGAGAACAUUGUGUGCUAUAUAUGUGUCCUACCUACAAUGUAUUCACCAGGUUGACAUGAAAUGUGUACAGGAACAAUUGUUUUAAAGAGAAAUGGUGUCGCACAUGGCAGGGUGGAACCAUUUUAACCUUCUUUUGGCUGCAUCAGUGUGUUAGGCUAUCGUCACAUUUCCAAACUGGGGCGCGACUGGGCUGUUUGUGGAAACGAAAAAUAGAAAUGUAUACGUAAAAAAUAUACGUGAAUAAUGCACACGA